AUGGCGACACCGACAGCCAUGAAGCACGCCUCGCAGCAAGGCCGCACUCCUUCACAGCUCGCUGCUGCAACUCCUCCCGUAUCGACGCCCUUCUCGAAUCCUGCGCACGCUGUCUUCUCCCCCCGAGGGCCACGAUCUUCGCCUCAGCAAUUCAAGAAAUCGCCUGCUGCGUCGAUGAUGGCACACGCGUCCAAUGCGCCUCUCAACUUCGACAGUCCUUCUACAGCUGCCGCAAUGGGCGCUCUCGCUAUUUCAGGUGCCCUGGACAUGAACCUCGAUAACGUCGGUGUGGGUGGGCUGGGCACUCUGGGUGCUCUCGCGAGUGAGGAUGACAAGCUUAAGCGGCUGGAAACCAUCAUCGCAACCUUAAAUCGAAAGAAAGGACUCGUGAGCGAGGCUGGCCUGGAACGUCUGGCGCAACGGGUAGGACUCGACUGUCUUUCGGAAGACCACACGGCGUCCGAUGGCCGAAAACAAAGAACACUGGUGAUAGCAGGAUCGGCCAUUCAACUGGAUAUCACUUUGGACAAUAAUAUUGUUGAAAGCAUCUCAUUGGCAUUCCCAGAAUCCGCUGCCUCGGUCACCAAGCACGUCGAUCGAGCAAGCGCAAUACUCUUGAAAGAUCUGCAACUUCUUCCUAACCAAAGCCCAUUGACGAAAACCCUUGACAGGUUUUCAGUCAACCUAGAGCGCUUGGCCUUCCUAGAUAAACUCAGCAUCAUCCCAGGACUUGACUGCCACGAGGCAUUGGCGGGCAUUUAUAUGAGCCUGGAAAGACUGCACCAAUGGGACGUUGCCAAGCUUCGCGAAGAGCCUGGAAUGAGCGCCAAAUCGGACAGUGAACUAUCCACCACAGCAAUGUGUACAAGGCAUGGGUUUCCCGUCAUGCAUUCAAGGGACCGAGUAGGUCUAGCAUUACAAUAUUGGAAGGUUCUCCGCCAUAUUCAGCCAACGGAUGACAAGUUGGCUUCAUUCGCUGCGUCUCGAGAACAGGUCUGGUCACUUCUUAUCGGAUGCGCCUCAACAGAAAGUAUGAAUAUGGAUCAGAUGCCUAUACCUGUGCGAGUAUCCGAGGAGUGGAUCUCCAAGGAUAUAGUAAAGGCAGAACCCUCGAUGGACCCCAAGAGAGCGAACCUGGACUGGCAAGAGCCCAACAAUGUUGUGCUUCCACAGUCUGAAGAGAACAAAGAUGCUGGAAUGGAGAUGCUUCAGCCAGAUCUUUCAACAGCAAGGGUACCGCAGGUUAUGUUCACUGCAACCUUUGAUCCUCCUGUCAUUCUACCACAGACUGACUACACGCGGUUGUAUGAGUUUGCCAACGUCGCCGUCCCAGAACUCUACGGAUACCCACCGACUUUCGACAGCUUGUUCUUUCCCAUACCUCCAGGAAGUCCCCAGGAUCCCAGUGAACUCCGGGCAAUCUCCCGCAAGCGCGACGUCCGUAUAUAUGACAAAGACCAGAACCCAGUCAUCAAACCUCACCAAAACACGCUCUAUAUCUAUAAGCAGAUAUACUCGCAGGUGGUGACCGAAAUUCCUUUCUCGCAUCCCCAACAGCUUAUCAACAUGCUUCCCUUCCUUCGGCAGUACGCCUUUGUUGCAACCUUGCUGGAGAACAGCUUCGGGUCGGAGACGAAAGAAGUUGAUCCUCUACUCAAGCAAGGAAAUGUGGCAGUGCAGGCGCCGAAAUCAAGUAUUACCACCAAGGACGAGUUAGCAGACUUCAUGAAAUCUGCUUCUGUGGCUGACGAGGACACCUCUUCCACGUCUCAGGAUGUCAAACUCGACGUCACUCUAUGGGUUCAUCCAAUCCCUCACCUUCAAGUUGUCUUCCCCUUCCGGGAUUCAACUGCGAAUAUCACUUUGAAGGUACUCGAGGACGGAGUUGUAGAAGUCGCCGAGGAGAACGUCAUUCCUCAUGAUGAGGACAACAAGAUGAAGGGCAAGGAACUUACGAGGGCGGAUUUGGGCAAAGUGCUGGAGCAUAUGGAAGAUCUCUGCAAGUGGGCAGAGUGGAUUCGUACGAGGCUUUCAUGA